AUGCUUCCCUCGUUUCUUUCCUUUCUUGCUGCUACAGCCCUCGCUUCUUGCUCGGUCGUCUCUGCCGCUCCUCAGGGUGGGCGCCAUUCCCGCUCAGCCGAUGCCUACCCAUGGUCCGGCUGGGAAUCUCAGCAGUGCAACUCCGAGACCAUUAGGACGCGGGUGGACUUUAACAAUAUGGCUCCAGCGGAUCGCAAAGCCUACACCGAUGCAGUCAAGUGUCUAAUGGGCAAGCCUUCGCAGCUAGACCCCGAGCAAUAUCCUGCCGCCAUCAACCGUUACAUGGACUACGCGGUGAUCCACGUCAAUCGCACUCAGCACGUCCACCUGGACGCCUUCUUCUUGACAUGGCACCGGUACUUUUUAUGGCUGUAUGAAACCGACCUGCAACAAAGCUGUGGCUACACCGGUGCCUUCCCCUACUGGGACUUCGCCGCGACCGCCUCAGAUCCUCAUGCAUUCCCCAUCUUUGAUGGCUCCGAGUACUCCAUGUCUGGCGACGGGCUGUACGACAACACUGGUCCGACCCAGCUCGGCGCAAAUUUUUCCAUCCCACACGGCACUGGCGGUGGCUGCGUCACCACUGGACCCUUUGCCAAUCUGAUUGCUCCUAUCAAAUUCAUCGAUCCCAGCCAGCUAACUACCGGCACCCUCCCAGCCGAUGCCUUUGCCUACAACGAGAUCUGCCUUCAGCGAGACCUCAACGCAUAUGUCUCGCAGACCUACACCAACCAGGCCCAACUCGUGGCUGCCGCCCACGCCGACAACGCCUCGCAGUUUGAGUACCUGCUUAACGGCGUCAUCGGUAGCUCCAGCCUGGGAAUCCAUUCCGGCGCACACUUCUCGGUCGGCGGCCAGAUGAACAGCAUCCACGUUUCCGCCCAGGAUCCCAUCUGGUACCCGCUGCACACCAUGAUUGACAAGGUCUACACCAGCUGGCAGGCCAACUACCCCGACCGUGCCUCCCAGCUCGACGGCAGCACAGGGACUGCUCUCAACACUCCACCUAGCGAUGUCGUCACGCUCGACUCUGUGGAACCAGAUUGGGGCUACUUCCAGCUCACCCCCAUCCAGGUCCAGGAGUUGAUCAGCACCACUGCAGGGCCCUUUUGCUAUCAGUACGAUAAUGUUAUUUCAUAA